AUGUCCACGGCGCUUCCCAAGGCUGGAGGCAAGAAGGCCAAGGAGGGCCAGGAGGCCCUGCACGCCGCGCGCGUGGCCCUGCGCGGGCUGCUCUCCGCGCUGCAGGGGGGGCUCGGAGACCUGCAGGCGGACCUGGCCGCCGCGUGCGACGCGGACGACGCCGUGCUGCUGCCGCGUUCCGAGGAGGGGGCGACAGAGUCCAGCCUCGCGGCCUUGAAGGACACGUCGGAGCUCGAGGGGCUCCGGGCCAAGGCCCGGGAGACGCUGCUGGACUCCCACAGGAAGCACCUCCGGGAGCUGCGGGAGGCCGUGGCAGCGCGGCUGGCCCUGGUCAAGUCCAAGGGGGGCUUCAAGCCGUGA